GGAAACAGCAUACUUAUGUUGAAACAGAAAAUGUUCGCUAUGUAUACCAGCCAAUGGAAUCUUUGUAUUUGUUGCUCGUCACCACCAAGCAGAGCAAUAUUCUCGAGGAUUUAGACACCUUACGGCUGCUCUCCAAAUUGCUGCUCCCUUGUUUCUGGCUGUUCUUGUCGACUGUCACUCCGUAGCAUUUACUAGCAUCCAGUUGACCUACUUUGGGCAUCUGUGGGUAUGAAUAUAAUUUCAAAUUCAAGUUCACUUUUUCUGGACAUGCCAGGUUUGUAACAUCACGUGAAACACAAAUGAUUGGCAAAUGGUAUGUAUGUGAAGCUUAGUAUGAUGGACUUUGUCUGCAAAUCCAAUUUAACUUUUACAAUUAUGGUGGCCAUGGCAUUUUUUCGUAAAACUUCAUUAUUUGGAAUCUCCCGAAUCCCAAAUGCUUUGGAAAUACAUUUACCCGCUUUGGUGAUUCGCUUUUGUUCACUGGUGUCAAUCAUUAAAAAUUUCACCUCUACAGGAUAAGCAUAUAUUUAGCCCAACGACUGAUAAUCUUGUGGAAGGAAAUGUGAAUGCAGCAAGUCGAUGCAGCUCUUUUUGAUUCAGUUGUUUCACUUGCAUCAAGCAGUCCAUUGGCGACAGUUAAGCUUGUAUGAAUUUUCAUAAAAUGAUGGCAAGAUGUUGAAGGUUACCUAACACACUGAUGUCCUAAUAAAGGUUCCUGAGUACUCUCCUGGAUUAGAUGAAGAAGGAAUCUGCAAAAUGGCAUUUGAGAUAAUCUUUGCUUUUGAUGAAGCUGUCUCACUUGGGCAUAAUGAGAACGUCACUGUUGCACAAGUUAAGCAAUACUGUGAGAUGGAGUCUCAUGAGGAGCGACUUCACAAACUAAUCAUGCAAAGCAAAAUAAACGACACAAAGGAUGUUAUGAAGCUAAAAGCAAUUGAGAUUGAUAAGAUCAAGUAUGAAAAGAAUAGGUCUGAAAAAGGAGGCUUGAAGUCCUUACAAUCAUCAAGUGCAUCAUCCAGGCUUGAUGUUGGAUUUAGUGACGAGAGCAUUUCUAGUGGAGGUGGCUUUGGGAGCAAUUCUAGUUUUGCGGCAAGUUUGGAUUUAGAUUCAUAUUCAAGUAAACCUAAAGGUCGAGUGCCUGCACCUGCCACUGCUCCUCCUAAGGGUAUGGGCAUGCAACUGGGAAAGACACAGAAAGCAAAUCAGUUUUUGGAAUCUUUGAAAGCAGAAGGAGAGGUGAUUGUAGAGGACGUGCAACCCAUAGCUGGGCAAUCUAAAGCAUCUGUUCCAAUAGCAACAGACCCCAUCACAAUAACUAUAGAAGAAAAGCUCAAUGUAGUUCUCAAGCGUGAUGGUGGGGUAAAUAACUUAGAGGUUCAGGGCAAUUUUGCCCUUCAAAUUCUGAAGAAGGAAGAUGGAUUCAUCCAGAUACAGAUUGAGACAGGUUCAAAUGAAGGUUUCCAAUUUAAGACACAUCCGAACAUCAACAAGGAUCUCUUUUUAAGGGAGAACAUCUUGAGUCUCAAGGAUUCUAGCAAGCCAUUCCCUGCUGGUCAAACGGGCGAUUCAUUGGGCGUGGGCUUGGUUAAAUGGAGGAUGCAAAGUGCCCAAGAGUUUUUGGUUCCUUUAAGCAUCAAUUGCUGGCCCUCUGUUUCUGGUGGAGAAACAUAUGUUAACAUUGAAUAUGAAGCAUCAGAGGCCUUUGACCUACAAAAUGUUUUGAUUUCAAUACCUUUGCCUGCACUUCGGGAUCCUCCAACUGUCAAUCAAGUUGAUGGGGACUGGAGGUAUGAUUCAAGGAAAUCUGUAUUAGAGUGGUCUAUAUUUCUCAUAGAUUCCACGAAUCGCAGUGGCUCAAUGGAAUUUGUCGUGCCUCCAGCAGACCCGUCAUCAUUUUUCCCUAUAGAUGUGAGGUUUAUUGCAGCCAAGACCUUUUGUGAUAUCAAGGUUGGUAGCGUGCUACCAGUUAAUGGUGGAAGUCCAGUAAAAUUUGCUAGUCGAACACAGUUGGUCACAGAGAAUUACCAAGUUGUCUGACCUUUUGUUUUUGGGGUUAUAGCGAACAUUCCACUGAAUGGUAUAAAUUGAAGGCGGGCACUUUGAUGACACUGUCUGAUUAACUGAGCAUCCUAUCUCUUACUCCACCUUAUUUGAGGACAGGCUUAAAAUUUUUGUGUACCACAAUGCUGGCAGGCACUGUUUCUUGCUUCUUGACUUUGUUAUUGUAACUUUUUAAAUGCUUUCUAGGUUGUCAAUUCGAUUUUCAGAAUGUAACUCUGUUUUCUAAGAAAAUGCUGUUACAUUCUCAGCUACUUUGGUUGUGAUUUGCAAUUUGUAUUUGGAAUUUUAGAAGCUUACAUCUCAAGUUCCGAGUUA